CACGCGGAGACUGAGCAGUGCCGAGAAAUAUCGAAAACUCCUCAUUCGUGAAAGGCUGGCUUUUAGAACAAGCGAAGUAAAAAAUAUUUCUUUCCAAAUUCCGUUUCCCAGAACAACAGUUUGUUCAGCGACUCUUCGCUUCAGCGAUGUCAAGACUUAGCGAACAGAGUUUAGUUGUCUUGUGCUGCUUCACAUGCCUAUAUCUAUGUGCAGAAGCUCUCGACUGCAGGAGGUUUGUAUUUGCCCCCAUGUGCAGAGGUGUCAGUGCUAAACGAUCUUCAAAUGUGAAUAAUGAAGAGUUGAGGGACUUAGGUGAUUUGGAUGAUGCAUGGAGGGACUGGCCAAAAUCAUCACCAGAAGAAUUCUCUGAUUCUUCACUUGGUAAUCGAAGAGGAUCUAAUCGAAUUUUACGAGAACUUCUGGAAAAGUUCCACGAUUACGCCAGCUUGAGAGAUGAAGACAACUGAAGGAAAUUCUGUAGAAUUCUUUUAAUUUACUCUCAUUCCCAACUCUUCUGUUGCAACACUUUUUGCGCAGUUACAGAAAUUGGCAUUAUCUAUUUUCAGACUUUUAGAACUCAUUUGUUUGACAAUCUCCCUGCAUCUUUUGAAAUUCGAACAUGCGACAUAGAUGUUGGAUUACACUUUUUUGUAAAGUAAAAAUAAAAACAAACUGAGUAGCAAGAAGCCAUUUUUGUGUAUUUACUAUUUUCUGAUUUGUGAAAUGAAUAAAUUGCACGAAUAAAUUACUUUUUGAAUGAA